AUGCAAGCUCUUUCACUCUGCUUGCCUCUCCUUUUCCUUCUUUCAACUUCUUCGAUCGGUUCUGCCACUAAAGGUUUCAGCAUCGACCUCAUUCAUCGCGACUCACCAUUAUCACCCUUCUACAACUCCUCCAUGACCCACUCAGAUCGCGUUCAAAAUGCUGCAUUGCGCUCCAUAUCUCGAGCUAAUCGCUUUCGCCAGUCUUCUGUGGCUGAAACAAGUGAGUUAGUAGAAACUGAUAUAAUCCCAAAUGGAGGAGACUACCUCAUGAAGAUCUUCGUUGGUACUCCACCUGUAGAGAGAUUGGCAGAGGCAGACACAGGAAGCGACCUUAUUUGGUUCCAAUGCUCACCUUGUCCCCGGUGCUACACUCAAAAUGCAACGCUAUUUGAUCCAAAAAAUUCUUCCACUUAUAUGUCUCUGUCAUGUAGCUCAGACCCUUGUAAAGUUCUGCCACAAUACACUGUGCAAGGCCAAAUGUAUCCUAAAUGUGGAACAUCGAAUGAGUGUACGUAUGUUUAUUUUUAUGGGGAUAAUUCAUACACAAUGGGAGAACUGGGCACAGAAUCAGUUAGUUUUGGAACAAGUGAUGGCAGCCAAGCUGUUUCGUUUCCUAAGACGGUGUUUGGAUGUGGACACAACAACAAUGGAACUUUUAACGAGUACGUCGCAGGGCUUGUUGGGCUUGGUCAGGGGUUUUGUCGUUAG